UAGAAUUUUAUGUACAAAUUGUUUGUAAAAAUUACUAUGAUUCGAAAGAAAAUUUUUCUUCCAUAAACCUUAAUAUUGUAGAUGAUGUUGAUAUAUGUAAUAUUCCGGAAAUUCAAGCUAUUACUUCACAAUUGAUGAUGGUAUUAGCUCUUUGUUUAGCGAUACCAGGAGUCUUUGUAUUAGUACCAUUGGGUACACUCUCUGAUAGGAAAGGACGUCGUUUAGUCCUUCUUAUUGCGUGUGUAGGAAAAAUACUUGAGGCUUUAAACAUUAUUUUAGUUGGAAAUUUUACGGAAUUUCUUGGAUUGGGAUUUUUGAUAUUCGGACAGCUUAUAGAUGGAUUUUUUGGUGGAUUCGCGGCAUCAACGGCCGUGAUGUAUGCAUAUGGUGCUGAUU